AUGGCGAUUAUCACAGAAGAAGAAGAGGAAACGAAAACCUUAUUUCAACCGGAGCAUAAAGUUAGGGAGAAGGAAUCAUCGAAAUCGGAAUCGGAUAUGAAGAAUGAUAAACCUCAAUCUCAGAACCCUUUUCCUUUCUGGUUCUACUUUACUCUCGUGGUCUCAUUCGCCACCGUCCUCUUUGUAUCUCUCUCUCUUUUCUCUUCUCACAACGAUCCGAGAUCCUGGUUUCUCUCGCUCCCACCAGCUCUCCGUCAAUAUUACUCAGAUGGGCGAACCAUCAAGGUCCAGGUAAACCCUGACGAGUCACCGAUCGAGGUUUUUGUUGCCGAAUCGGGUUCGAUUCAUUCUGAGAAUGUGAUAGUGAUUCAUGGGUUAGGGCUUAGUUCGUAUGCGUUUCGUGGAAUGAUCCAAUCGCUCGGAUUGAAAGGGAUGCAUGCUCUGGCCAUUGAUUUGCCCGGAAAUGGAUUCUCAGAUAAGUCGGUUUUAGUGAGAGGUGGAGACAGAGACAUAGGGAUGGUUGCUAGGUUUAAGGAAGUUUAUGGUUUGAUUCAAGAGAAAGGCGUUUUUUGGGCGUUUGAUCAGAUGAUUGAAACUGGAGAUUUGCCCUAUGAGGAAAUCAUUAAACUUCAGAAUUCGAAACGGACAAGCUUGAAAGCUAUCGAAUUAGGGAGUGAAGAAACGGCUAGGGUUUUAGGCCAGGUGAUUGACACUUUGAGUUUAGCUCCUGUGCAUUUGGUUCUUCAUGAUUCAGCUCUAGGGUUAGCUUCAAACUGGGUUUCUGAGAAUUCCGCCAAUGUUCGUAGUAUGACCCUCAUUGACUCCAGCGUCAGCCCGGCAUUGCCCUUGUGGGUUUUGAAAGUACCAGUAAUCAGAGAAGUCUUGUUAGGGUUCUCAUUUGGUUUUCAGAAAUUAGUGAGCUUCCGUUGCUCAAAGGAGAUGACUCUAUCGCAAAUUGAAGCUCAUAGGAUACUUUUGAAGGGAAGAAAUGGGAGGGAAGCUGUUGUUGCUUCACUAAAGAUGCUAAACCAAAGCUUUGACCUUGCACAGUGGGGCAAUUCAGAUGUGAUCAAUGGUAUCCCGAUGCAAGUGAUCUGGUCUAGAGAAGGGUCUAAAGAAUGGAGCGACGAGGGACACCGUGUAGCUAAGGCUCUUCCAAAGGCAAAGUUUGUCACACACACAGGCAGCCGGUGGCCUGAGGAAAGCAAAUCUGGGGAGCUUGCAGAUUACAUUGCAGAUUUCGUCUCUCUUCUCCCAAGCUCCAUCAGACAAGUUGCUGAAGAACCUAUCCCGGAGAAAGUCGAGAAAUUGUUAGAAGAAGCAAAGGCCGGUGGUGACCAUGCGCAUGCUGGUUACACUGAUGCUUACGGUCUAGGCGAGGGAUGGACUACUUAA